AUGCCGAUGAAGCCAUCCCAGGACGUCACCACUGCCGCUGCCGGCGCUGAGUCACCCACACCACCACCCCAAUGGGCUCGUCCCGAUGGUCCGGAUUUUGAGUAUGGCUUCCAGGGCAACGUCUCCCCAGACGCCACCAUCAGUGUCCACAUGCCACAUCAAGUAAUGUACACCUAUCGCUUGGGGCCGCAGAAGAUACCGCUUCACAUGGAGGUCUACGUGGUUCCCGAGGGCCCCAACCGCAGCUACUUCAUAACGGCUUUGACGGAAUGGCCCCCGGUCAAACUUUCGCUGCAAAGGCUGCUGAUGGGUGACCCGCAGAAGGCCGUCAUGCACCUAUAUAGCGCGUAUGACCCCGUAGUGUUUCACCAUUUGUCCUUAAAUGACCUACUUGAUGGCGACAACUGCUUCCUGCACAUUCAGGACGAGUUAGUGCACGAGGCCGAGGAAGAAGCUGCAAUGAGCGCUCCCGCCGCCGCAGUCCCGAGUGCUGCUGGCAGUGCCGCCGUCACCGCCAAGGACGCCGUUGCAGCAGCAGCCAACGGCGGCGGCGCCGCCAGAAGCGCUAGUACAGUGUGGUCACGGCUGUACUACAUGCCAGCUCAGGCGGACGCUGCCGUACAGGCGGGCCGGCGAUGGAUUGAGGAGCGUGCGGGUGGGGGCCCGUUCCGGGCUCGACAGCAGCAGCUGCUGGCGGAUGCCGCGGACCGGGUGCCGGGGGAGGCCCCAGACCCCCAGCGCCGGCGCCAUUUGCUCAGUCGCUACGAGCAGCACACCCGGCAUUGCCCCUCCUGCAGCAAACGCCUGCAGCAGUUGCAGCAGAUGGUGGCGGCGGCCGCUGCCGUACAGAAGAUAUGUCUGUUGGGCAUGUGUGUCGCUGGUGGUGCUCUAGGCGCCGUGUUGGCGGUGGCGGCGGCGGCGGCGGCUGCACCAGCGGCCGUACCCUGGGCACUGCCGGCGGCGGCGCUGGCGGGCUCGGCGGCGCUGUGGGCGGUGGCUGGCGGGCUGGCGGCGGCGGCGGAAAGCGCAUCACAGCUGUUUUUGUUCAUGGACUAUGUGCACGCGGAAAAGAGCUGA